AUGCCCCAGGCCGUGAUUGAAGCAAGUCCGGACCUGGCGAUAGAGCUUGACGUUCCCAACCGGGAAUACAACCCGGGCGAGACCAUCACGGGCCGCGUCUUCCGGCGGAGCCACGUCGUGUCCUCCGAGGCCCUCGUCAGCAUCAAGCUCUACGGCCGCACCAAGGUGCGCGUCGACUACACCACCAACAGCGGCAACGGCAGCCAGCACCACACCGUGCGCACGCGCUUCAACCUCCUCGGUUCCGGACCAGCCUUCUACAACACCAUCUUCAAAGGGCCCAUCCACAUCCCGCCAGACGGCAGCAAAACCGAAUCAUGGCCCUUUUCCUUCUCCCUCCCCUUCGGCCCCGUCAACCCCCAAGGCGUGCGCGAAGGAGCCCAUAACAAACAGAAACACUCGUUCCUCCCCAUCGAUCCCCCAGACCAAAUCACCUCCCACCCCUUACCUUUCACCUUCUACACCAAGGUCGGUUCGUAUUGGGCCAACGGCAUCGAGGCCUACGUCGAGUACGUCCUCCAAGCCGAGUUCUUCGAGGAGCACACCUCCCGCUUUAGCAGCUCUCCAUCAGCCAAGAAGACCGCCACUGCGGUAUUGCCGAUAACGCUCCGCCCACCACCUAUCCCCCCUCUGCUACCAGAUGAGUGGCGCCUAGGCCGGUGGGUGAGGCGCGAAGGCGUGCGCACGCAGCGGUUGAUACCCGAGUUUGCAGACAGCGAGGAGCUCUCGUUUAAGCAGAAAAUCCUCAAGCUGUUUCACUCGUCGAAAGUACCCAAGUACUCGUUUGACAUCUUGGUCAUUUCUCCCGGGGUGAUCCAAUUGGGAAGCGUGGACCCGGUUCCGUUUCGGGUGGCGGCCGUGCCGCGGCUUGGGCAAGCGGACGAGACGAGCGACGAGGUGAGGCAGCUGGAGAGGACGCCGACGGUGAGUGUGGUUAGUUUGAAGAUGGUGGUCAAGGCGAGGACGGAGGUGAAGGUGGCGAGUUCGUUGGUUUGGGAUCGGUAUACGGAUCGGACGGAUAAGUUUUUUGAGUGGAGUUGGAUGUGGAAGGAAGGGGAGGAGGGGAUGGCGUUGCCGGUUUGGGAUAGGAGGAUGGGAGCGGAAGCGGGUGCAGGUUUUGGGGAGGGGGAUGAGAAGAAGAAGAUGGGAGAGAAGGAGGGUUUGGGAGGUGGAGGAAUGAGCUCAGCUGGGGGUGGUGGUCCAGAAGGUGAACCACCGGCCCGAGAUAUCGGCGCUGAGCUGGGGUUGAGGUUCAACCCGACUGAACUGGCGUAUCGAGGCGGGCCGGCCAAGAUGAGCGCGCUUCUGUAUCCGGAUUUCACGACGUACAACAUUCGGCGGACGCAUGAGCUGAAGUGGGAGAUGGUUCUAGCGGUGGCGAAGGAAACUGUCAAGGUAUCGAAUGAUCAUUUCGUCAGGUUCGUGGCGUCUUGGACAUGA